AUGUAUCUGGGCUUCUUUGCCAUUGCCGUAGUUCUGAUGUUUUGUUGUGGCAGCGCAACACAGAAUUACCUUGAGCUGAAACCAGAGUUAGGAAUGUACCAGGACGCAGCCCUGGCUUUUCCCCUCACCGAGACCUGGCACAUUGCGUACAGAAACUACGAGGACGACCCGGCAUUUGGUACUUCCAAGUGCCUGAGGUUCGCUCAGGUGCAACCCGAAAAAGAUGGUGCAUAUCCGGUCGUAGCUCUGUACGGAGCAGACAACCAGUCGGCUAAUGCGGUGAUAACCUUCGAGGCCAAUGAAGGAUAUACCACCAAGAAUCGAAUCAUGUUUCUUCCCGAUAGUCAAGAUCAGCCAUUGCCCUUAUAUCUCUCUUUCCUGGAUCCUGAAAAAUGUGGUGUCAUGAGGAACGUCUACGUUAAUGAGGAUGCAUGCGCCGUGGUCGUUCCCGAGAGCAAACUAGAAGAGGAUACCACUUGCUGCGAUUUUGUGUACGCCCUGCUGUGCGGUGCCACAAAAUAUCAGAUCCAUGACGACAGCUGUACGAAGCAAGGCUGA